CAGGUCGUGACAUUUCCAACAUGAGGGCAAAAAUUUCAGCCAGCAAGUGUAAUCGAAAUGACAUUGAACAGCUGGUAAAAAAACUUAGCGAAAAUGAAGGUGCUACUGCCAAAGUUGUUGUCGAUGACGAGAAUAACCUGCUGGGUUUAUACUAUCAGGAUAAACCAAUGAAGGCUGCAUAUGAUUCAUUCCCUGAAAUUGUUUUCAUUGAUGCUACUUACAAACUGAAUGAGCUAAAAAUGCCGUUGUAUGUAAUGCUUGGAGAAGAUGGCAAUGGCGAAAGUGAGAUUUUCUGCACAUUCAUUGUAUCCAGUGAAGAGAAACCAACCAUUCAAAAAAUGGUGCAGAUCUUUAAAGAUCACAAUCCUUCAUGGACAGGGACAAAAACAGUCAUGACUGACAAAGACUUUGUUGAACGUCAAGUAUUAAAAGAAGAGUUUCCUUGUGUUCACUUGGCUAUAUGUCUUUUCCAUACCCAGAGGACUUUCAGGAGGGAGGUAACAUGUGAUAAAAUGGGGAUCACAGCAGAACAACGAAACCUGUGUCUGGAAAUAUUCCAGAAGAUGACAUAUGCAAAUAGUGAGAAUGAGUAUCAGAAUUUGUGCAAAGAUCUAGAGAGAACAAAAGUCCCAAGUGUCUUGGAAUACUUCAGGAAGAAUUGGGACAAAGAACACCAUGAAUGGGUUGAGGGUCUAAAGUCUGCUAACUUGACAUUCCUGAACCGAACUAACAACAGAUUAGAAUCCUUGAAUCAAAAGAUCAAGACUGUGUGCUCUAGAAAUAUGAGCCUUGGCCAGUUUUAUGAAGAACUUCUGGUCGUGUUUCAAUCCAUUAGGACUCUACGUGACCAUAAGGCAAUUACAUUAUUGCAAAAACGACCUGUUUCCCUGUAUGCUGAAGGUACAGCAGAAGCCAAAUAUAUGAAAGUCUUAACCCCUUAUGCAUUUGGAUUUGUGAUGCAACAGCUAGAGUUAGCCGCCAAAGUUAAAAGCAUUCGCAGAAAGGAUUCUGAAGCUGCCACUGAAUUUGAAGUUGAUGCAUCAUCUGGCAAACUAACAGUGUCCGACUGUAACUGUGAGUGCAUGUUCUUUACAGCAAUGAUGCUUCCUUGCCGACAUAUCUUUGCUGUUCGUAGAAAUUUGGAGAAAGAUGCUUUUGACAUUUCUAUUUGUGCUACAAGGUGGACAAUAAGUUACUAUAAGUCAAAACACUAUGUCCUCAAAAGUUGCGAUGGAAAGAAGUUUUGCUCAACUCCAGAUGAAGCUGCUCCAUUAUGUAUUGAACAACAUACAAAAAAGCGGAUCUUGUCACAACAUGAAAAGUACAGGAAAGCUUUUGCAACGUGUCAAACUUUGGCAUCAUGUGUGUCAGAGUUUCCUAUGCGGGAAUUCCAUGAAAAGGCUGCUGUCUUGGAGAAGAUUUUGAUGUAUUGGAGAAAUGGUGAUGAAGUUGUUGUUCAAAAGGUUUCACAUGAUGACAGUGAGGGUAUGUUAUUUUAA